AUGCCUUCCCUUCCCACUCUGAAAAGCCUAGGGAAGAUCUGUGGCUCGGGACGCAGUCAACAGGUGAACCGCACCAGGAUCAAACGCAGGAACUCUGUCAAACGAAUGUCAAUCAUAAAGGACGGUCGUGUGGUGGAGGUGCUGUACCUCAUCCCAAAACAGUCCAUGAUGCAACAGCUGCCGUUCAUUAAUCCUGAUGACUACUACCUGACUGAGAGCCUGGCACCUGUGGCCCAUUCCCUGGAAACUCACCAACAGGCGGAGAAGCCUUUGAUAUGCUGUGCUAAAUGUGGAGAGGUUUGCAAGGGAGAGGUGUUACGAGUGCAGGCUAAACACUUCCACAUCAAGUGCUUCACAUGCAAAGUAUGUGGCUGCGAUCUGGCACAGGGAGGAUUCUUCAUGAAAAAUGGAGAAUACAUGUGCACUCUGGACUACCAGCGUAUCCAUGGCACCCGCUGUAACAUCUGUGGAGAGUUUGUGGAAGGAGAGGUGGUGAACGCACUCGGAAAGACCUACCAUCCAGCGUGCUUUGUGUGCACAGUCUGCAAGAAGCCGUUUCCUGCAGGAGACAGAGUGACAUUCAAUGGUAAAGACUGUCUGUGUCAAUACUGUGCAGAGCCAAUGUCUCCUGGACCCACUAAAGAUGUCAAAGGACCCAGCAGUUGUGCGGGCUGUGGCAGAGAUAUUAAGAAUGGUCAGGCUCUUUUGGCUCUAGAGAGUCAGUGGCAUUUGGGCUGUUUUAAAUGUAAAUCCUGUGCCAAAGUUCUGACUGGAGAAUACAUCAGCAAAGAUGGUACCCCCUACUGUGAGAGAGAUUAUCAGGUCCUGUUUGGUGUGCAGUGUGAGGCGUGUCAGCAAUUCAUCACAGGGAAAGUACUGGAGGCAGGAGACAAGCACUACCAUCCCAGCUGUGCUCGUUGUAGCAAGUGCAAUCAGAUGUUUACUGAAGGAGAGGAGAUGUUCCUGCAAGGAUCAACAGUUUGGCAUCCAAGCUGUAAACAUUCACCUAAAGGCGAGGAGAGACAGAGGCCGACACGCUCAUCGUCCGAGAGUAUAUGUUCCAGACCUGGUUCAAGCAUACCUAGCUCACCGGGUCACACCAUAUAUGCAAAAGUAGACAAUGAAAUCCUUGAUUACAGGGAUUUAGCAGCCAUUCCCAAGGUCAAAGCCAUUUAUGACAUUGAGCGUCCAGAUUUAAUCAACUACGAGCCACUUUACACCACCUCACUGGAUGAGGCAGAUGAGAGAGAGAGUGUGGGAGAGCUGCAGAGCUCCAGGAGAGACUGUUCCACCAUGCCAGAUGACAGAACCAGAUCACCCACACCGACUGCUGAGGGCUAUUAUGACAUGAGGGAACGAAUCCUCCAGAGGUCUACGAGUCAAGGGUCCAUUGGCUCACCCAUUUACAGCCGCCAAAAUUACACACCCACACUUUCACGCUCGCCUCAGCACUUCCACAGACCUGAUCAAGGGCUGAACAUCUACAGAAAACCACCGAUCUACAAACAGCAUGCCCAGAGCAAGUCUGCUGAUGACAUCAUCAAAUCGGCCAAAUUCCCCUCAGCAUAUGCCCCUGGUCCAGACUACCCAGCAAAGAUAGAGACAGAGUGCUGGACCUUCCCAAUCGCCCAUGCUGCCAUAGGGACAGAUGGCAGGAGAAGAUCAAGAGAGGAGGAUGAAGAGGAGCAACAGAAAAGAAGACAACUUCAGGAGGAACAUCUCAUCAAGAUCCAGUCUGGUUUGGGCAAGAUGAUCCUUAAAGAGGAGAUAGAGAAAGAGAAGAUCCGAGAGCGUCACGCACGGAGCCUGUCGGCUCAACGCUGCAGUAAUGCAGAUCAAAGUUCACCUUCUAAAACAGGCUCACUUCCUGGAUACGGGCGACAUGGAUUGCAUCGGCCUCAGUCGACUGAUUUCUCCCAGUAUAACAGUUAUGGAGAUGUUUGCGGUGGGAUGAAAGAGUUUCAGCCCCUGCAUGAUGGCCAUCGUUCAUCCACCAGAAUGGACAGAGGAGUGUCUAUGCCUAAUAUGUUGGAACCAAAAGUUUAUCCAUAUGAAAUGCUCUUGGUUACCAGCCGAAGUCGCUCUAAACUGCCCCGAGAUGUGGACCGGACCCGACUAGAGCGCCACCUAGCUCCAGAGAUGUUCUUUGAAAUCUUUGGGAUGGAAAUUCAGGAAUUCGACAGGUUACCUCUCUGGAAACGCAAUGAAUUGAAGAAAAAAGCCAAGCUCUUCUAACCAGGAUAUAUUGAAAACAUUUACACUCGCUCACAUUAUGUAUCAUAACGCUUUUCACUGCUGUUCAUUUCUUUGUUGUACGCUCGGAGGUCAAAGCUAAAUGCAAAAAUGAAGAUGCAAGAAAGCUCUAUGCUGCAAUGUCAUCAUAUGAUAUCAGUUCAAUCCAAACAUUGCUGAUAUACUCCAGAAUUCUCAUCACUCUCUUUGUUCAUGGCUCUCUCACUUAGUUUGUUUUUUCCUCUCGCAGAAAAUAGUCUUUCUCUUUUUGUUCCAUGUUCUUCUUGCAUAACUUAGUCAAUCUUGCUCAUGCAGGUAAGAAGGUUGUCUGAUAAUCUAAUUCUUUGUAAAUUUGCAGUUACAAUCUAUUUUAUUCACUGUGCUCAUACUAUGUGUGUCUCUCUCUCUCUCGUGUGUGUGUGUGUGUGUGUGUGUGUGUGUGUGUGUGUGUGUGUGUGUGUGUGUGUGUGUGUUCAUGUUAAACAGUUUUGAAUGCUUUCAAAGAGACUUAAUCCAUAUCGGCACAUAUCCAUCCAUGUAUUUACUGCUGUAUCAGACUCUUAAACAUCUGUUAAUUAAAGAUUUCUGCGCCACUAGCUGCACCAAAAAUAAAUAAUGACAGUUUUUGAACUUUCAAACAUCCAUACUUCUGUUAUUCAGUCGAAGAGAUAUUGCCAUCUGAUGCAGUCGUCGUUCUGUCCAGCCCACUUUGCAAUUUAAUGCCACUAGUGGCGCAGAAAAUACACUUUCUGGUAUUAUUUUAUUUGUAAAAUCAAUAAUGAUGUUCAUUUCCUAGUAUACUGUAUAUUUAAAUAAUAGAAUACAAAGGUAAACAAUAAACUGCAUUUGACAUUCCUGAAAAAUUGACACACACUGCCAGCUGUAUUUCUGAGUAAUGAGAAAUGUUUCAAUGUCACCUCUCAGCUCAACCAAAGGCAUUAAAAUACAAAGAUGCUCUAUAAAUUGUUUUAAUUAACCCUGACUAAUCGAAUCAGAUGUCGUGUUAUUGUAUUGUUGAGUUCAUCAUGCACAAUACACUUGUACAUGAAUUCUGAGCAGGACCAAAUGGAAAGUCUACUUUCUCUCUUUCUCAUUCAGUGGAACCUAUAAAAGAAAGAAUGAAAAUAUUGAAUUACAAGGAAAUGUAUAUGUCUUUCCAACUAUGGAGAAGCCUACAUUUUCAUGUGCCCAUCAUAUGUCUUCCUAUAUUGGAUAAAAUAAUAAACUCGUUUUUUGAGGGGAUAAAAUACAUUUUAGUAAACAUAAGGUGAAAAUUCAUUUUAUUACUUUGAUUUGUGCAGAUGAUGCCAUUUUUGCCAUGUCCUAGUGUACCAGCCACUAGCUUUUAAAAUGAAAACGUAAAAAAAAAAAACGUAUCCUGAAUUUUCCAUGUUUACUAAUUGUUUUUUUUUUUCUUUGUCCAAUAAAAAAAAUCUAACAAAAAUGUAUUAGGAAUAUUUGUUUUAGUAAUCGAUGUAAAGUUUUUAUGCAAAAGUUUUCUUUUUCUUUUUCCUCAACUUCACUACUAUGUCUUGAAUUUGCCACUAAUUCAAAAAAUAAAUAUAAAAUAGGUCAUUCUAAAUAUAUAUAUAUAUAUAUAUAUACACUGCCGGCCAAACGUUUGGAAUAAUGUACAGAUUUUGCUCGUAUGGAAAGGUGUUCUCAUUAAAAGA